AGAUGGCGCCAAAGAAAACCCCCAAGAAGCGCCCCAGGAAGCCCCAGUUUGAGGUCGGGGAGCGGGUGUUGUGUUUCCGAGGGCCCCUGCUUUAUGAAGCGGAGUGUGUGAAAGUGUCCGUUAAGUACAGGAAGGUCAAGUACCUCGUUCACUACCCGGGAGGUAACGAGAAGGGCCCCAUGCGGACCCGGCUCUCCGAAAAGCUGGCCAAGAUGGAGGUUCGGGAGAAGCCGAAAGCCAGGGAGGACGAUAAGGCCCAUGAGACUGGGGAGCAGAGUGAAGGCCAUAAAGCCCCCAAGGCUAGUGAAGUCAGUCAAACCAGUGAGGCCCCUGAAUCCCAUAAGGUCCGAGUAGUCUGUGAGGCCCGAGAAGCCCCCCAGGCCCCUGAUGGAGGCACUGAGGCUCACGGGAUCCUUGAGAUUCUUGAAGCCACCAGGGUCCUUGAAAUCUGUGAGGGCCGUGAAGUUGCCGAGGUCCCCGAAUAUGCCAAAGCCCCAGAUGCAACCGGGGAGACCCGUGAAACCUCUAAAGCGCGUGAAAAGCGUGAAAAGCGCAAGGCUCGCAAGGCGCGCAAGGCUCAGGCAAUGCGUAAAGCUCAAGAAGAAGCCGGGGCCCAAGAACCUGCCGAGGACACUGAAACCCGUGAAGCUGCCACAGCCUGUGAUGAAGCCAAGGUCAGUGGCGUCCGUGAAACUCGUAUGGCCCGUAUGAUCCGUGAGGCCCGUGAAGCUGCCGCGGCCCAAAAAGCUGCCGCAGUAGCCAGUGAACUCCCUAAAAAUGUCGAGGUCUGUGAAGCUGCUGAGGCCAGCGCAUCCUGUGAGACCGUUGAAACCAGUGAUGGUAGAAAGGUUAGCGCUGCCAGUAAAGAGCAGGCAGGGGGCAAAGCUAAGGCCAAGAGAAAGGGUAAGGGAAAGGCCAAGGCUAAGACUGAUGGAGACCACUUACCUGCUGAAGAUGAUGAUUUUGCCUCUCAAGACCCUCUCUGCCCUACUGCUGGCUGGGAUGAUGAGUGGGUUCCAGAAAGUAGAUUACUGAAGUAUUCAGAAACCAAUCUGCAGAAACAGAGAGAACUUUUUGAAGCUACUCAAGAGCAGUCUCCAAAAGGGAAAGGAGACGAGGCAGCUUCAGGAAAAAAGACCCCUGAGGGCCCAGAGCAGAAUCCUGUAAAAGACAGUGUUGAAGUCCCCUCAACAUCAAAAGGGGCAAAGAGAAGGAACCAGAAACCAGUGACUGAAACAGAUAGGAGCGGCGCAGGAAACAGAGAUGGCAGUAGUAGCAGUGAAGUAUCUCAGCAACCACAUUGGAGGAGACAAGCCCUAGUGAACUCUGAUGGUGAACCACGUACAGGAUUUACAAGAAGAUCUGACUUUAAAAUAAACAUUCCCACAGAACUGAAACCAUGGCUUGUGACAGACUGGGAUUUGGUCACUGCACAAAAGAAAUUAUUUUGUCUCCCUGCCAAGAAGAAUGUGGAGUCCAUUCUAGAGGACUAUGAACUUUAUGAAAAGUCUUAUGCCAACUCAGAAGAAAAAAUCUAUGCUGUUCCUGAAAUUGUAGCAGGGAUUCGAGUAUACUUUGAUGUAAUGCUAGGCACUCACUUGUUGUACAAAUUUGAGAAACCACAGCAUUCUGAAAUCCUAGCAAAAAACCCUGGCGUCCCAAUGUCACAGAUCUAUGGAGCACCGCAUCUACUGCGACUGUUUGUAAAAAUUGGAGACGUGCUGUCCUGCACAUUCUUUGAUAGUCAUAGUACCAAUUUAUUGUUAAAGUAUUUGCAUGAUUUUGUAAACUAUUUAGAAAAAAAUUCUGCAGCUUUGUUUAGUCCCAAUGAUUAUGAGCCUGCUUCUCCUGAGUAUCUUCAGAAAGUUGCAGAAGAGCCUGAGAAUGUUGGUCAUAGUUAA